GCCGAGCUCUGUGGUACCAGCAAAUUACAGCAUCGGAAUGGUUGGAAGAGCAUUCAAGUAUGACGCGCUUUACCGUUCACAACGAGGUGACGCGACAGAACACGACUUCCGACGAUCCGCACACGUUACAACGGUCUACAUUUCUAUGCCGGGAAUAUAUACCUGUACAAAAAGCUUGAGUCGGCCAUUCCACAACUACCGCGACAUACACCCUUCACAAUAUUUAGUGAUAAUUGACAUAUUAUUCAAAGUGGUUGGGCGGCAGUCGCGAACGGAUCCGAUUUCAUAAAGUUUCGACUUCCAAAAAGUGCUAAGAUUGUAAAAUAAGUUAAACAAACAUCAUUUCAGCCAUUUAAAAAAGUAAAACCAAUCAAAUUCUUUAAAUGUGAAAAAUACAAAAAAAAAAAAAAGAAAUAAAGGAAAACAGAACAUAAAACACAAAUCUAUUAUUUUAAUAAGAAAAGCCUAUAUAUGUAUAUGUAUUACACGUAAAAAGGCUGUUUGCAAAUCUCAGAAUAUCAAUUAUAUAAGUGUUUUUUACUAUUGUUUAAACUUCUGAAGAUUGUGUGAAAAACAAUUUUCUCUAAAUGAGAAUGGAAGAUCCAAACCUCGCCGAACAGUAUGUGCAGGAAUUCGUGCUUGAUCAUCUCGAGGACGGUUCAGCUACUGUUACAGCUAUCGGAGUAAAACGUGAGGACCACAGUCCGGCGGCAAGCACGAAAAUAGCCUGGACAACAACCACAAUAACACCGGAAGAAGAAGAGCCUACCGAUCCUCCCGUCAUUAAGAUGCGAACCUUUCCACAAAGUUGGCAUAUGGAUGAGCGGCGUCUACAACCAUUGUCACCGCCACCGGAAAUGUAUACACACGGCCCUAUGGCUGGACAGGCAAUACUUGUAAAUACGUCCGUUCCCGGUGGAGUACCAUCGACACCUCCUGAAACUCCACCGGUCAUCAGUUCACCCAGCGGGAGUACAUGUGCCCAAACAUAUGCCACGAUUACAAGCACUCCCUACCCAACGCAUCGCCAACCUACCGCCAGUGCUGGCCUCACACAAGAAAUGAUGUGGCUACCAAACUCCAUGCGUUCAGAUCCACAACCAUUGGAUUUACGGCCUCUCGCUUGUCCCACACAAGAGGAGGAGUGGGAACGGCAACGUGAAUAUAUGCAUGCCUCUGCAGCUGUGGCGGCCGUCAAUCAUCAUCAUGGACAUUUGGUGGCGCAAUCACAACACCAUCCGCACCACCAUCAUUUUCAACCGAUUGAACACUUAGCACCUAUCAAUAUGCAUACAUCUUACCAUACUGGUAUAGCCGUUAGUGCAGCAGGCAUUGGAGGUAGCGGUAAUGGGGGUCAAGCGCCAUCCAGCGUAUCAGGCACCACCUCUGUCGUUCACCUCACUAGACCAAUGUCGGUGAGCUCCUCUCGAUCUUCGACAAAUUCACCACGCACCUGCUCUAGACAGUACAGUACCUCAAGUAACUUAGGUCUUGAAGACUGUAUCAGCGAUGACCUUCUAACCACACUAUCCGUGCGUGAAUUGAACAAACACCUGCAUGGCCGUCCCCGCGAAGAAGUUGCGCGCCUUAAAGCAAAGCGUCGAACGCUGAAAAAUCGUGGGUACGCACAAAACUGCCGCUCAAAACGUUUACUACAACGGCAUGAACUGGAGAAAUCCAAUCAUCAAUUGAAUCAAGAUCUGCAUCGUUUAAAAUUAGAGUUCUCACGUGUAUGUCAUGAGCGUGAUCAACUAAAACAACGUCUGCAAAUGCGAAUGAGUAGUAGUAGUGGUAGUGUGAUUGCUGCGAUAUCGAAUGCUACCGAAGGCGGAAAUUCUGGGGUGAUCACCGUCGGGCAGUCGAACUUGAACACUGAUAGCCAAAAUUCGCCAGAGUUCUACCUUUGACGCCAACUAGCUAUCGAAGGGCAGCAAGCGGCAGCUGCCACGUCCAGUCACCAUCUGCCACAUUCCCAUCCGCACGGGAAUCAGUGGCCAGCGCGAUACCCUCAACAUCUGCAUCAGCAUCCAACUACCAAUGUGACAAUCUGAAUGCGAUCAAAGGCUAGAGAGUUUGCUUACUGUGAAGAACACAAAAGUUAGAACAUUUCUGUGACGAAAAAAAAAUUUAAUAUGUACAUACAACUAUGUAAGUGAAUAAGGGCGAUCAUUGCAUAUUAUUUGACAGAUUCUCCCAGCGCUUCGACUGCACCUAAUAACAAUAAGCAUAUCCCAGAAAUAUUGUACAUAUAUAUAUAAGUAGAAAGGAUGUAUUAACUCUUCAUACAUCCAUAGAGUUUGUAAAUGUAUUUAAAACUACUAAUAUCAAAUAUUUGGUUUAAUCGGAUCAGUUCCUCUGUUCAAGGUGUAAGCAAUGUCUUUUGGCUUAAGUUAAGCGGAAAGUAGUCGCAAAAUACUUGUUCGAUUAAAGUAUGUGUUUUUUUUUUACUCGAACGCGAUUAUUUAAAAAAUAAUAAUUUUUAGAUAAACUCAUUCAUAAUGUUUGACAAUAAAGUAAUAAAUGUUGUGUUUAGCUCUUAGCUUCAUAUAUGAUAGUGUAUAACACACAGUAUGAGUGUACCAAGGGUAUAAUCAACAAUGUGCUGGAGUCGAUUUUCAAUUGAAAUCUGAAAUAUCCUUAUAAAUGCUAAUUUAAAUUAUCGAUUAUGAAUAGUGUUGGUACCACGCCUACUACUUUUGUAUUAAGUUUAAAAAACGUAUUAUUUACAGUUAGUUAGACGUUAAUUAAUAAAAAAAAACAUAGAAGGUGUUUCGUGGAUUUUUAUUCAAAAUUAAAGAUUUCAUGUAUUUUGUUGUAUGUUAAAAAAAAUUCGAGGCUAAAUCUGUACAAUAGACAAUAGAGGUCAGUAAGGGAUUGAUUUUCUUAGUCUUGCAAAACUCUUGCACGGUGCACGGGGAGGAAUGCCAAGCUUUCAGAUCCCAUGCAAUAGCACAACAAAAAAGUCUGUAAAGUAAGCAACAGCGAAAACCAAGUUUAUCUUCAGGUUGUGAAUUGUAGCAUAACAAAUGCGACCCUCUACUAGCUGAUUCUUGUUAUUCUUUCAUUGUAACCUUGCGGUGUGGAGCGUGAAUACCUACUCUCGUACACUUUCUUACUUUAAUAUGGAAUAGAUAAUCUCCCUAAUAUGCAAAAUAACAAAGCUACCCGGUAUUUUUCAUUUUAUACAUAAAUGUAUACAUAGAAAUUUCAAAGUUUAAAAAGCAAUUUGUGUAAUUUCGACAGAAAUAUUAACAGUUUCUAUAAAAUAUGAUAUUUUCUUCAAAAUCAUUAAAAAGGCGUUAAUCGUUAUUAUAGUUUAUGACUUUUUGUUGAAACUGGAUUUACUUUUAGUUAACCAAAAUUUGAUUAUUAGCGAUGUGAUGAUUCGUGAUUGACAAAAGUAAAAACCAGAAAACUACUAGUAUCAUAUUAAUACAAGAAUCAUAGAAUCCAAGAUUGCGCCCAUAAGAGAGACGCGACGUCAAACUGGUUCAGUUGCGUUAACAAAAGGUUGCGAACGAGAACACAAAAAAAAAAUCUCAAGCAACACUCGAAUAAAUUGCACUAGUGUGACGUCACACACAGCGAUUCUGGCAAAUUCACCGAAAGCGGAAUUGGGGUAAAAGGUGGGGUAAGAGAUAAGGAUAUACAUCAGAGAUUUAUGUAACCUCCAAACGGAAACUUAAUAAUAUUAAUAUACAUAGAUUGGCGAAAAAGGAAACAAUUAUUUUAUUUUGAUAAAAUCACAGAAAUAAUUGAAGUUGGUCGGCAUGCUAGUAGCCAUCGCCCAGAAGCUAAAGAUCGACCAUAAAACAGUUUAAGCCAUUUGCGCAAAAUUUUUACGCAAAAACAAGAGAUUUCUUUUCCCCCAAACUAUAAAAUUUUUUUCCCAGAAAUUCUUUUCUCUAAUUUUGUGAACGACGGUCACAAUGGCCUAUAUGCUUACAUGUGCGCACAUGCAGGCGUUCAACUCUUAACUAUAGUCCUAUCUCCGGUGGUUCGCGCACUGCUACAAACCGGACAAUGCCACAUUUUUCCCUCUAUAAUUCGAACACUAAAUUCAAUAAUACCUACGUAUUUUCGACUUAUUUUGUAUAAAGUGAUUUGUAUAUUCUAACGGUAUUUUAUCAAGAAUUUUCG